CUUGCCCCAAUACCCUCCGAACACAAUAGAAUGAGAGUCAGCGCUACCCUUUUGAGACAGAGCAUCUUUGUGCCGUUCAAGAAGCAGAUCCAGAAGCAGGUCGAGGAGGUUCCACAGAUCAUGGUCAAAGCCGGUUCUGAGUAUGAGAAGACCGGUUUGACCGGUAUCUACCAGCACCCUAACCCUAAGCCAGCUUUGCAGGCCCUCUACGGAAUGACCUUGGACCUUUUGCAGCACAAGUUCCCAGAAUACUCUAUCUACAGACAAUCCGUUGAGAACUUGACCAAGCAGAGAUUGGCCAUCAUCGAAAACAACGACAUCACUGAGGUAAUUGAGGAGAAGAUCGGCAACGGUUUGAUCGAAGAGGUUAUUAUCCAGGCCCACGAUGAAUACGAAUUGGCCAAGGACAUGGCUGAAGCCAAGUGCUGGGAGGAUUUGCAAGACAAGCCUUUGGAUGACCAGUGGGUCUACUUUGGCAAGAGAGUUUAAACGUAAAAGCCAUACAAAACACACAACACACGCUCGCAACCGCUAGGGCACUGUAUAGUACUCAUGCUCCCCCCGCUAUGGUGUCCUUGAGAUAGCGACGGUAUUUCCGUCUCCGCGGGGCUCGCCUUUUUCAUCCUUCAUAUUUGUUUGUAAUGCAUCUUUAAAGGUUGUAGGGACAUUUAUCUUCUCACUUCCUACAAUAUAUUUAUUCUUCGUUAGUCACGUAGCUAGGACUGGAGGGUGU